AUGCUCCUCAAGCAAAAGUGGGCUGCGAUCAACAUUCAGUUAGUCCAAUUCAAAGCCGACAUGACUCAAUGGCGAAUUCAGCGUCGCUGCUGGGAGCUCAAUCUUAUCAUCGAGGAAUGGCAGGUUGGCUCGAUGGAAUGUCUGCCGCUAGAAUUCACACUUGAGGACAUUGUCCAAGCCAAAAUCUCUGUGCUUACACAAAAUGAAGACGAUGCUAACGGAUUGAUUGCCCCCUUCACUACGGGCCAGUUCUCGAUUACAACCAUUGCAUCCGGAUUUGAAUGUGUGUCCACCGGUUACCGCUUCAGUGGAUCAUCCAUCCGUCUCUCGUUGCGCCAUGGGUAUGACCAACCCCUAUGUGAUGUCACAGCGGGAGAGACAGCAAACGUUCCUGUCAAGUUCAUGGCAGCACCAAAAACCCUCCCUUAUGUGCAUUUUAUCACCGGAAGUUUUGUUUGA